AUGUCUGCCAAGCUCGACAAGCCUCUCGACGAGAUCGUCUCGGCCCAGCGCAAGUCUGCCGGUCGCCGUCGCUCGACCCGACGAUCCGCCGGCGGCGCCGUCCCCACGGCCCCCGUUGGCGGUGUUCACAAGACCGUCAAACCCCCCCGCGGCGCGGCCGCAAAGGCGGCCCCCGCCCGAGGUGCCUCGCUCACGGGUGAGAGCAAGGUCAUCGUGAGCAACCUGCCCAAGGAUGUUUCGGAGCAACAGAUCAAGGAAUACUUUGUCCAGGCUGUGGGACCCAUCAAGAAGGUCGAGCUCGUAUACGGACCCAACUCGCAGAGCCGUGGCAUCGCCAACGUGACCUUUCACAAGGCUGAAGGCGCUAGCAGGGCCUUUCAGAAACUCAACGGACUGCUCGUCGACAACCGCCCCAUCAAGAUCGAAAUCGUCGUCGGCGCCGCCCAGGCCAGCAAGGUGAUCCCGGCCGUCAAGACACUCGCCGAGCGUACCACCCAGCCCAAGCCGCAGCCCAAGUCGGCAGCUACCGGCAAGCAGAGCGCGUCCUCGGCCAAGGGCGCCGCCGCCAAGGCUGCCGUGAGCAAGAAGCGACGCGGCAAGAGCGCUCGUCCCGCAAAGAAGACGGUCGAGGAGCUUGACUCGGAGAUGGCCGACUACUUCGUGCCCUCGACCAACGGCACGACGGAAAAUGCGGCUCCCGCCGCGGCCAACGGCGAUGCCCCGAUGGAGGACGAGAUUAUGGUAGGUCUCCUUCACGCGCCACGGGCGGCGGCACCCAGCGAGCGGCCGAAUCGUCGCUAA